AUGCUCAAUUCUAGGGCGAUCAGCGAGUUGCUGUCGCGCAACAGUGACAAGCUGUGCAAGCGAUGGUAUCUGAUGACACCAAAUGGGACCUUGCUGGCGUACAGUCAACCCGUGGAUAUCAACGAUCUACGGAAACAGGCUGCCAUUGCAGCUAUCUGCUGGCAGGAGCAUCAACACCAGGAUGCAGCACGGGACUAUGAAGCAGAAGUUCCAGGCGAGCAACGAGAAGACGGCGAGCGAAAUUCUGUGCAUGUUUUGACAAUUGAGUCGGAGAACUCCAACAUCAUCAUGCGGCAGAUCCAGGCACAGCUUUUACUUGUCUUGGAAGGUGGCGUACCUCCAAGACGCGCUGGGUUUAUAAAGAGUAUCACAGCAGAAUGUGCAGAUGGGACCAGAUUGCUCCCAAACCAGAAAAACGGAAGCUCUUACGCCACGUCGACCGCCGUGCGUGAUGAGAGUGUGGGCAAAGGAGCGGCGAACGUCCUCAAGCUCCAGCGGAAGAAGCUGGAUGCGUUGGCGGACGUUGUCCUCGGCGACUUCGAGACGACAGAAUUCCGAAUGCCGCAAGGCUCAACCGUCUUCUGA